GCGGCUCGCACAAGACUGGUAGUGGUUGAAGCAUCAUGUAGCUCAAAGGCCCCUGGCGACAAAGUCCUAAUGGCUUCGAAAGCUCCACCCCGUGUUACUGCACGCGAAACAUGCUGUCCAUCUCUACCGGCUGAGGUGUGGAUCAACGUCUUCCGCUAUCAUACCGACCUUGCCCACCUUUGGAACGUCGUCCGACGCGUCUCUCCAACACUCCGCGCGUGCGUCGAGCAUGCAUUCGGCGAACACUUCCUCAAGGAAAUACACAUAGACUUUCAACUCGAAAAGUACAACCUGGGUGGGAAGAGUAAGCGGCCGGAGGUGUCUACAAGGCUCGCGCGACGCGGCAAAGGCAAAGAUAAGACUGUGGCUUGGUUCAAAGAUGAGCGACCAGAUAUUGGCUCGGAGAAAGGGCAAGGAAAGAAAGAUCGCGAGCACUAUCAUAAAGUCACACGUCGAUGGGAAGAGAAUGUGAAGAACUGGAAGGCUGAGAUGCCCAAUUACACAAUCAGCAUUGGGAAUUUGGUGAACGAUACCGAGUUGCCAGGCCUCAGCAUUGAUGUUGCAGCCCGCGAGAUCGAAUUCAACUGGAAGAGCAUGCUACAGCUCUUCUUCCGCGAACGAGAACGACUCCGUGUCUUGAAAGACGAGUGGCAUAUCAAGACGGCGAAGAAGAUGCAAGCCAACAAUGCGCGGCUCAAGAAGGGUGACAAGCUCAUGCCCUCCGAUUACCCACCGCCCUGGUCGACCGCCGAAGCUGAGAUACGGAAGGACAUCAGGCGCGCAAGGCUGAAGGAGCAUUACCGCGACGACGAGCAAAUGAUAUGGGCCAUCGACUCGUUGAAGCAUUUUGAACAAUAUGGGGCAGCGACUGGCAAUACUAAGGAACUCAAGCUCAAUCCAGAUCUGCCAGGCGCUGGACUGGGCGAGAAGUGGUUUGGUAGUGUCAAUCUGGUGCAGGAACUCUACUUGGACGAGUGGAGUUGUAUGCAUAGGAUUGAUACUAAGGUUGAACAUAUUCGGAACGGCACAUGAAACUCACUGUGCUUCCCAUCAAUCAAAACAGACAGUCUUUCAAAUGGGACAUGCGCGAGUCCGACUCAUCACAGAGCAGGGGACCUUGCCUGAACGACGGCAGAUCGAUCAAAGAAUCGCCGUGAUUAAGCCAGUCGUUGUUUACCACCGCGCCAGCCUAUCGUCUUUACGACCGGAGAUUUAUCAGUAUUCGGAUUUCAAGUGGUAAGAAACAUCUUAUGACGAGGGUGUCAAAUGUGAGCUAUUGGACAUUCAUCGUUCCGUAAAAUCGCUACUUAUAGCUCCAUACACAUAUUGAAGGCUCCACCCGAAAGAGCCGAUAUAGCCGCCAGUCAAGUCAAAUUACCAUCGACCAAAGCUGAUUCCAGUACAUCGCCUUAAGUGAGGCUCCGCCCAAGACGAAUCAAACCCCAAGAGAGA